AUGCGACCAGCUCUUGUAUUGCGGGCGGCACAUGCCCGGACACCCAUGAUCAAAUUCAUAGGCAAGAGAUCACAUCCAAAGCAAGUCGACCACACUCCCCAACCGCAUCCAGCCUCCCCGACACAUCAGCUACCUGAAUCGUUCGUUUCAUAUCGACAAAAAGCCCAACAGCAUGGCCCGUUGGGCGGUCAGCAGCCCAAUGGAAACAGCGCUGGUCCUUCGAGGCCACCAGCAGCUUCGAUGGGUGGUCCUAUGACAUAUGGUAGGAUAGGUGGGAGAGCUGGCAAAGAUCUUGGCUCUAUCAAACCCAAAGAAGGCGAAUACUUCGAUAUAUCAGAGCUGCCAAAACGGUUUCAGAGACGAAUCUGGACGGAAGAGGAAAUGGAAGCUACUAUUAGUGGAGGAGCAAGCAUGUGGUAG